GUCAAAAAAAAAUUAAAGCAUUGUUUCCAGCAAAAUGCCCGAGGCUUUUUCUGAAUUUAUAGACGAUAUUGAGGACCUAAUAUCCUCCCAAGACAUCACUCCGAAGGAGCGAUAUGCUAGCCGAAAGAAUGUGAGCGUUCGGUCCAGGAAAAGGGACGCGAAAAGCGAAUCGGAACCAGUUGAAAAGGUUAUACUGGAGAGUGUUGUCCCAGGAACCCAAACAAUCUACGUUAAAACAUGGGGGUGCGCUCACAACAACUCCGACUCAGAGUACAUGGCCGGCUUGCUGGCGGCGCACGGCUACAAACUGACGGAAGACAAGUGGCAAGCGCAGCUGUGGCUGCUCAACUCUUGUACCGUCAAGAGCCCUUCUGAAGACCAUUUCAAGAAUGAAGUGGAAUUAGGCCAAAGCCGUGGAGUGCACGUGGUAGUGGCUGGUUGCGUGCCGCAGGGGGCGCCGCGCUCCAGUUACUUAGCCCGUCUCAGCGUGGUGGGCGUGCACCAGAUUGAUAGGAUUGUGGAGAUCGUCGAGGAGACACUGAAAGGCCACACAGUCCGCCUCUUCGGCCAGAGAAAAACAGAGGAAGGUCGCAAAGCGGGCGGCGCCUCGCUCCUCCUACCAAAAGUCCGCAAGAACCCUCUCAUAGAGAUCAUCCCGAUCAACACGGGCUGUCUCAACCAAUGCACCUACUGCAAGACCAAGCACGCGAGAGGAGAACUCGGGAGCUACCCUCCUGAAGAGAUUGUGGAGAGGGCGCGACAGUCUUUUAAAGAGGGAGUUGUGGAGAUAUGGCUGACUAGCGAGGAUACAGGCACAUACGGUCGCGACAUCGGCACAUCACUCCCCGAGUUGCUGUGGAAGCUAGUAGAAGUGAUUCCUGAAGGCUGCCGGCUGCGACUUGGCAUGACUAACCCGCCCUACAUCCUUGAGCACUUGGCAGAAGUGGCCAAGAUUAUGCACCACCCGCGAGUGUACAAAUUCCUACACGUCCCAGUGCAGUCCGGCAGUGAUCAGGUGCUAGCAGACAUGAAGAGAGAAUAUUCUAGAGCCGACUUUGAGCAUGUUGUCGAAUUUCUAAGAACACACGUGCCCGGUAUGACGAUCGCGACAGACAUCAUCUGUGGCUUCCCGACGGAGACGGAGCGCGACUUUGAAGACACUCUCCGGUUGUGCGACAAGUACCGGUUCCCUUCGCUGUUUAUUAACCAGUUCUUCCCGAGGCCCGGGACUCCGGCCGCUAAGAUGACCCGGGUGCCAGGCCAAGAAGUAAAGAAACGCACCAAGCAGCUCUCCGAACUGUUCCGCUCCUACGAACCGUACGGCCACAAAGUGGGCGAGACACAAGAGGUCCUUGUAACAGACGUGUCGCAUGACAAAAACUACUUCGUGGCCCACAACGAGUUCUACGAACAAGUCCUCGUGCCAAAAGAAGACAAAUACAUGGGAAAAAUGGUCACAGUCAAAAUAACGGACGCAACGAAAUUCUCCAUGAUGGGUCAGCCCAUAGACAAACCUAAGAUGGCGGGCUUGACAGCGCCGCUCAAGAAGGGGGAAGUGUCAGGCGUCUGUCAAAAGAGCGAAACCAAUACGUCGAUACCGAUACCGAUUGUGGUUUUGAUGUUUGCAGUGUUUUUAAGAUUGAUCUGGAUGUUUUUAUAGUUGUACAGAAAUAUAGUUUAUAUUUUAAGAUAA